UCCAGCGACAAGGGCAGCCACUGUCCGUGCGACGAGCACCAGACAGACAAGAACCAACCCACCGUGCCUCCGUCUCUCUCGCCGCUGUCCAUUUCCUACUUGCACCGGAGCGAGCAGCGCGACCAGCGCGCGGGCGCGAGCCAACCGCGAGCCCCCAAGAAAACCACAAAAAGAAGCGAGCAUGCCUCCCAACGGCAGCACUGCUCUGCUGCUCCUCCUGCCACCGCUGCUGCUGCUGCUGCUGCUGCGUUCCUUCGCCAAUGCCGGCUCUCUGGAUGCCGACGUCGCGGCUCUGUCGGAUUUCAGGCUCGUCGCGGACCCGUCCGGCGCCGCGCUGGCGACCUGGAACGUGUCCGCGAACCCGGCGCCGUGCGCCGGGGCGUGGCGCGGUGUCACCUGCGCCGGCGGCCGCGUCACGAGGCUGGUGCUCGAGGGCCUCGGCCUCUCCGGCGCCGCCGCGCUGCCGGCGCUCGCGAGGCUGGACGGCCUCCGCGUGCUCAGCCUCAAGGGCAACGGUUUCUCGGGCGAAAUCCCCGACCUCUCGCCGCUCGCGGGGCUCAAGCUGCUGUUCCUCGCGGGGAACGAGCUGUCCGGCGCGAUUCCGCCGUCGCUGGGGGCGCUGUACCGCCUGUACCGGCUCGACCUGUCGUCCAACAAGCUGUCCGGCGCCGUGCCGCCCGAGCUCAGCCGGCUCGACAGGCUGCUCACCCUGAGGCUGGACUCCAACCGGCUCAGCGGCGGGGUUGACGCCAUUGCGCUGCCGAGGCUGCAGGAGCUGAACGUCUCCAACAAUCUCAUGUCCGGGAGGAUUCCGGCGGCGAUGGCGUCGUUCCCGGCCGCGGCCUUCGGCGGGAACGUCGGCCUGUGCAGCGCGCCGCUCCCGCCCUGCAAGGACGAGGCGCCUCAGCCGAACGCGUCGGCGGCGGUGAACGCGUCUGCGGCAGGGGACUGCCCUCCGGCUUCUGCCAUGGUGGCGUCCUCGCCUUCGGGUAAGCCAGCGGGCGCCGAGGCGGCGAGCGGCGUCAAGGGGAAGAUGAGCCGCGCCGCCGUGGUGGCAAUUGUGGCGGGGGACUUCGCCGUGGUGGGGCUCGUGGCCGGGCUCCUGUUCUGCUACUUCUGGCCGCGCCUCUCCGGCCGGCGAAGCGCCCGGCGACUCCAGCAGGGGGAGAAGAUAGUGUACUCCUCGAGCCCCUACGGCGCCGCCGGGGUGGUCGCGGCGGCGGCCGGUGGCUCGACGUUCGAGCGAGGGAAGAUGGUGUUCCUCGAGGACCUGAGCUGCAGCGACGGCCGCACGAGGCGGUUUGAGCUGGAGGAGCUGCUGCGCGCGUCCGCGGAGAUGCUGGGGAAGGGCGGAUGCGGCACGGCGUACAAGGCCGUGCUGGACGACGGCACCGUCGUGACCGUGAAGCGGCUGCGCGACGCCGCGACGCCGGCGGCCGCGUCCAAGAAGGACUUCGAGCACCACAUGGCCGUGCUCGGCCGCCUCCGGCACCCCAACAUCGUGCCCCUCAACGCCUACUACUACGCCCGCGACGAGAAGCUGCUGGUGUACGAGUACAUGCCCAACGGCAGCCUCUUCUCCGUCCUCCACGGUAACCGGGGCCCCGGGCGCACGCCGCUGGAGUGGGCGGCGCGGCUUCGCAUCGCAGCCGGCGCCGCGCGCGGGCUGGCCUACAUCCACCACUCUGGGCGGCGGGGCAGCGGCACGCCGAAGCUGGCGCACGGCAACAUCAAGAGCACCAACAUCCUGCUGGACAGAUUCGGCGUGGCGCGUCUCGCGGACUGCGGGCUGGCGCAGCUGGGGUCGUCCCCGGCCGCGGCGGCGGCUCGGUCGGCGGGGUACCGCGCGCCCGAGGCGCCCCCGCCGCCCAGGCCCUGGGCGUCGCACAGGGGCGACGUGUACGCGUUCGGCGUGGUGCUGCUGGAGCUCCUGACGGGGCGGUUCCCGGGCAGCGAGCUGCCGAACGGCGGCGUCGUGGUGGAGCUGCCCCGGUGGGUGCAGUCCGUGGUGCGGGAGGAGUGGACGUCGGAGGUGUUCGACCUGGAGCUGAUGAAGGACAAGGGCAUCGAGGAGGAGAUGGUGGCGAUGCUGCAGCUGGCGCUGAGCUGCACGGCCGCGGCGCCCGAGCAGCGGCCCAAGGUCGGGUACGUGGUGAAGAUGGUCGACGAGGUCCGCGCGUGCGGGGAGACGGCGUCGCCGUCGCACGAGUCCAUGGACGAGUCCUCCGGCGUCUCGGACUCGCCCGCCGUGUCGGAGGGCGGCGCGCUCAGCCAGUGAGGGCGCGGCCUGGCGCUGCUGGUCCUUCUUCGGAAUUGCCUUGUGAUGCGUGCCUAUUUGUUUGGUUUAAUCUGCUCUUGUUUUUUUUGGGGGUGGGCUGGAUUAGCGAGGGCCGUUGGAUCUGGUGAUCGGCGUGUGCGUGUGUGUACAUUGUUCACGUUGGCUGCUUGGCUCUGGAUUCUUGUUCCUGUUUUUAACUGACUCUAGAUCCCUAGAGUAGCUGCGGCUGCGGCGGCGGCGGGGGUUGGUUUGGUUGCGAUAAAAGUUGUGCUAAUUUGCGUGAGUGGAUCAAGACGCUGUGUUCUGGUGCAUCUUUUACGGCUACAGUUGUGUUGUCACUUUUGGCACUAGUAACCAUGUCCUUGUAAGGGCAACUGCACUGAUUCAAUCACGGCGGCUGCUAAUAAUGUGUUCAA